GCAAAGUUAACUCAACAUGGCGUCGACAUCACGAUAUUCUACGUGGCCAGUCAUCACAGCGAGCUCCGAGGGCUCAGCAACUAAGCUGUCCCCUUCCCCCGCGCUCGAUUUCCUCACCGCCGUAGCUACCACUGACGUACACGAGUAUGAUCUGCAUCAAAUAGGGAUGUUGAGCAUGGAUGAUGUCCGCAGCAUGGACGAACGCAUGGUUGGAAAGGGUGGAUUUGCUGUCGUCGAGCUAGGGCGGACAUGGGAGAACCAGCUGGUCGCCGUCAAACGAUUGCGAGUAUCAGCGAGGGACAUUAAAGCAGAUUUUGAAUCCCAUCUUCGGCACAUCUGUUUAGAAUUACGGAUACUUUGUCACGAACCUUUGAAAACCCAUCUGAAUAUCGUCGAUAUCCUUGGGUACUGCCUUUCUGACAUCGCUGGGUACGAGAUUCCUUUCCUAGCUCUCGUCCUGGAAUACUCUAGUGAAGGUAGUCUCAAGACCUUUCUGAAGGAUACAAAAAACGAUCUGCCGCUCACGACUUUAUUGGAUUUGGCUGCUCAAGUUGCAGACGGGCUUGGAGCGUUGCAUCAAUGCAGUAUUUGCCACGGAGACGUGAAGACGCAAAACGCUUUAGUUUUUAAGACUGAGGACGCAUGGACGGUAAAGCUAUCAGAUUUUGGGGAGUCUGCCCUAGGUCAGUUCGACGACCGGUCUAUGCCCGUCGAAUGCGGCUUUGGAACGCCCUUGCUAAAUGCACCCGAAAUACGGAACGGCAUGGUGCAGGCUCGAGAUCAGUUUACCAUCGACGAUGCGAUUCGGACAGAUAUCUUCUCAUUCGGACUCUUGACCUGGGAGGUUUUGAAGCGAGGGGAAAGCUACUUCGACAAAUCAUGGUGCAUGGACCUGGACGAGAGCAACAUGAUGGACCAGAUGGAAGCUUACCUUGAGAAGCUACCUCACAAUGGAUUACUGUCAAAGGCUUGUGAAUAUAUUCAGAGCAGCCUCUUUGACGCCGAGCAAAAGUUAAGUUUGCUUUGUGUUUUCAAGAAGUCGCUACAAGAUGAUCCUCUGAAAAGAUUCUCCAUGGGAGAGAUUCGAGGGCAUUUUGAAGCACAGAAUGAUUCCGUGUUAAAUGAUGAACAGCAAGAUAAUUAUGCGAUAGAAGCUGAACAGGUCUGCGCUUGGAGCACUCGGAACACCCUCCUUGAACUUCGUGACAGUACCUUCGUUAAUGGGGGACUUGGGCUUCUUACAUUCCCUUUUGAACUCCAGAAGCGUAUCGUUAAUGACCUCAUUUCCAUGUCUGCAUCGGAGACGUUUACCAUGCCAAGUCGAGCACAUGCUGCUAUGUGUGUGGCUGAAUGCCACGCAAUGAGUUUUGGGGUUCAACACGAUAGAAAACAGGCCGUACAGUGGGUUCACACAUCUUCCGAGUUAGGUUCUAUCAAAGCCGCGGCAUGGUAUCCUCGGCUAUGCACAAUCGAUAAUAUUCUCCCUACCGAAAACUCGUCUAUCAUGGGGUUCGAAGCAAACCUAUCUCAUAUUACCUCGGAUGCUUACUUGUAUAAUCGCGUCCAUCUACAAAUCCGAAUUUCAAUCCAGCAAAUCAAAUCAACAAUCUUGAAUUGGGACCAGCUGCAUGCGUGGGACUCGUUCGCCUACAUCUCGAGUAUUAGGGUAUUCAACAGCUGGGAACAAGAUGAUCUUCCACCUCUUCACGCUGCUGCACUACUUGGAGAAGAUGAAGCCAUUUCCAACCUACUCUGUCACGUCAAGGGCGAUGAGCUCUCCUCUCGCGGACUUACCGCCGCACACUAUGCUUGUAUUGGUGGGCAUCUGUCUACCUUACAGCUUUUGCUCAACCAUUCUGCGCCCAACAAAGCCGCUUAUGCAGGUGGGAUUACGUUACUUCACCUGUGCAUUUUCUUUGCUGGAGAUGAUGUAAGCAAUGCGGUAUUGCUCAUUCUAGGCAUUGGAGAUAAUCCCAGGGCGACGGUCAUUCAACCUGUUGAGUGGGAGUACCACGACAUACGCUUAGCGGGGACACCACUGGAUUGGGCUGUUCGGAUCCGACACAAAUCUUUGGUUGUCUUAUUGCUACCAUUUGCUCAGGACGACAGCUGUUUGAAGCUCGCAAUACGAUCCUUUUUCUGGGAAAUUGCUGAAGUCAUCCUGCAAUACUCCCGCGGAGCCGAAAACAUCCCUAUCAAAUCCCCUCAGCAAUUGUCCGAACUGUCCGUAGAAGACCAGUACCUCUCAACAGUCAAAAGGCCCUUUGGUCAUUGGCUGGCCCAUGGUCCAGACCAUCUGGUUGCCUUAGAAAGAACCGUACAAGUAUGCCGGGACAAUCAUCUCAUGGCUAGUGGGAGCGCCCGCCAUCUCGCGCUUACUGAUAUCGUCAAUCUUGCCUCCUUCGAGGAUGACUUUUCUUUAAUUGUUUCACGUGUGGCUAGCCUGUCUCCUGGAGACGUCAAACGAAGAAACGAAAAGGGCGAGUCGGCCCUGGAGCAAGCUCUAGGGAAUUCCGAGGACACGCAAGUAUGGCGUAUGCCUCUCGAAGCAAUUAUAAGUAUGUACACAAUUGAGGAACUAGAGGGUAUAGGGUCAGCCUCCGUAGAUUAUUUCUCAUAUUUACACCUUGCGAUUAGCUCCGAUUCCUUAAUCGGCACUCGCACACUCCUUCAGAAAGGGGUAGACGUCAAUCAACGGUCAUCCGAUUUACUUGGCCAAACUCCUUUACUCAUGAGUGCAAGCUCAAAAUUUUCGAAAGAGCUUCAUUCUCUCUUACUUGAUUAUGGAGCUAAGGAUGAUGUGGUGGACGAUUUUAGCGGAACGAAUCUGCUUGUGCAUGGACUGAUGCGAUUUCAACCCAACGAAGACCUGCUCAGAGGCGUUCUCAGAAAUGAAGAUCUGUCAAAUAUCAGCGAUGCAUUACAUUUCACUCUUGGAUGCUUUAUCUCCGGGUAUUCAAUGCGGGAUGUUAUUGCGGAGAUGUUCAAGCGGGAUAACACGGUGGAAAACAGCCCCGGGACUUCGACAAUAAAGCUAGAAAAAGAUGAAUUGAACAUCCUGUGGGACAAUCUGCGAGACAUUUCUCAACGCAAAAAAUGGGAGUUGAAACUCAUUCUGGGAAAUGAACAACUGGAUUCAUUGUUGAGGUUGGAAGGUCUAGACCCCGCGCAGCGGCCAGCUAGCCUCGAUCUCCUUGUCAAUGUUGGAGAAAUGAAAUAUAUCUUGGGCGAAGAGGAAGCCCAACACAUUCUAGAUCAAGAUAACGCUGAACCUACAGCGAUAUCUAGUCAAUCCCAACUUGCGGAGACAGAGGACGGAAACAGCGACGCCUCAGACCCUGACAAUUAUACCAAUACAGAAAAACCAGACCAGUACUGGAAGGAGCUCUUCAAGAUGCAACUCGGCUUGCCAAACUGGGUCACAUAUAUCAAUGAAAGAAACAGUUCCGGCAUGACGUUGCUACACAGUGCAGCAUACUACCUGCAUCCUGAGAGAAUCGCGCUCCUGCUUGAAGCAGGGGCUGAUGCUAGUAUUGGACUCGCUAAAGAAGGGCAUAAUGCUGUAUUGCCCUUGCAGAUUGCUUGUUCAGCAGGGAGAACUUGUGAGUGGGCACGCGUCCUAGGCACACAUUCUGCAAUCGAGAGUCUCGGGAAACACUCGAUGGAUGUGGCUUCUGAGCUUCUUCAUUGGCAUCAUACACGUUCAGAUGGGCUUUUUCAAGGCGUUACUAAACUCCAUCUUGCCUGCCGCAUGAUGCUUCGAGAUGUCGUAGAUGAAUUAUGCCGCGAUGGCCAUAGUGCGGAUGUGGAGGCCCACUGGCCAGGCAUCAACACUCCCGUCACUUGUGACGACCUGGCCGCGCAAUUAGCUGACGAUGAUCGAUUCAUCGACAUUUCGGAUCUGAUCACUGCAGAGUACCAUAUGAUUAAAGCUCAGUCGUAAUACCGUUUUGGGAAGGGUUUCGAAUGUUCGAUAUUGGCUUUUGAUAGUAGAUAGUGAUCUAAACACUUCCU